GGAAAAAUACAACACGCCACGAUUGGGAGUAACGACACUGUAGCGACUGUAUUAUACGAACACACGGGAGGAAUUUUCAAAACAAGGCCCAAACAUGGGAAAGUCUCUGUUUUCCAUGCCAAGGCAAAAAGAGGACGAGAAAAAACUGACCGAAGACUCAAAGUCUGAAACCGAGGGCGAUAAAGAAGAUGUUUCACAGUUUCCAUACGUCGAAUUCACAGGAAGAGACAGCAUCACCUGUCCAACUUGUCAAGGGACAGGAAGAAUACCAAGAAAUCAAGAAAACCAACUAGUUGCUUUAAUACCAUACAGCGACCAGAGGCUCAAGCCAAGACGAACGACAUUGUAUGUGUCCAUAUCAGUCUUUCUGUGUCUGCUACUUUCUGGUCUGGCUGUGUUUUUCCUGUUCCCUCGGACUAUCAACGUCUCUUAUGCUGGAGUGAAGUCAUCCUACGUCACAUAUGAUCACAACCUACAUAAAGUAUAUCUAAACAUCACGAGUACCCUCAAUAUCACCAACAAUAAUUUCUAUCCAAUACAGCUGGCCAACAUCACAGCACAGGUGCAGUUAUACAACACUGUGAUUGGAAACUCUGUCGCUAAUAAUGUCACCACCAUCAUCCCUCUGGAUAUGCGACAGAUUGAUUACACCGUUCCCACCACCAUAGCCAAUGAGAUUAACUACAUAUAUGAAUACUGUACCAUGCAGGCAAUUAAAGUGCAUAACGUAGUUGUUUUGAUGCGGAUGACUGUCACUGCUGUGUAUUUCGGCCACGCUGAGCAGGUGUCUCAGGAAAAGUACCUGUAUGUGGACUGCGGCGCAAACACCACCUCUACACAUCAACACACAAGUGUCAUACAGUGAUGCCCCUGCCCUCCACAUGACCCACAAACCCUAAUGUUCAUCCUGUGCUGUUUAAAAACCACCUCUCCUGAGUAUUUUUAAAAAGUCAGAAGAUGAAACCAGUGCUGUAGGCUGGCAGCGUCAGGAACGAUCAGCGAGAUUCAGUCAGAGAGUUGAGGCUUUUUCUACCACAUCAUUAUUGUUGUUGUUUUUCCCGAAGUGUGCUGGAGGUUUUGCUUGCAUAGACAGAAGCACUUUAGUAUAUUUUGGGAGAAGGGAUGAUGACAGCUGCAGAAAACUCAACGCUGAGCUGCAAACACUCAAAACACUUUCACUUCACUCCUUUAUUUUACUGUUAAUCUUUCAGCGUUUGUGAUUUUAAGUGUUGUGCUGCAACUUAAAUUCAAAUCCUUCUGUUGUUUAGCUCUUUGUAGAGCUGGUAGGCUUUCUGGAGUGUGUUAGUAACAUAUCAACACUAAUGCCUCUGUUUUUAUCUGUCUGACGCAUCUUUUAGAAAAUAUCAGUUAAUGUGAAUUUUGUAAAUCAAUACUGUGGAUUUUUAAAUCUCUUGGACUGCAAAGAUUAUGUCAUUUAUUUCACUGUUUCCGUUGUGAUGAAAUGCUUAGAAUGAAUUCUAAACUCCCUUCAUAUUUCAGAAAAGUUUUAAUUAAAAAAUCUAAUUGGAGAUGAGAACAUUAGGUGUCACAAUAAAAUCAAUUUCCGCAGCAGUAGUAAGAACAGGGGAAUAAAGAAGUAUAUAAAUAAAGAAAUGACCUUCUGUUCAUUCAUAUUAGUGUUUUUAUUUUUUUAUUGAAUAUUGAAAACUUAUUAUUUUAAUUGGUGGUGGUGUAGAUCUAUGAUUACUUUGAUCUUUCUGUUCACUUUAAUGUUUUAGCUUUUUCUUGGAAUGGCACCUUUAAAUCAGUUUGUUUCUGGAUGCUAUUUAAUUGAAAUGACGAAUUUAUCAAAAAUAAAAUUUAUUUGAUGACA